AUGAAGCUCGCAAUCCUCGCAGCCUUUGGCUCGUCGCGCUCAAGUAGCCCCAACCCUCUACAGACCCAAGAAGAACCCCAAUGUUUGGGCCCUCGCUCUAAAGCCGCCUGGGACGUUCCUCGGUUCCAUCCGCAAGGCUCCGACGGCGGAUACCUUCGAGCCAAGAAGAUCUCCUUUGCCUGCGUGACGGACCAGAAAGGCAAGACGGUGCCCGUUAACUGUACGGUCUUGUUCGAGGGCACACAGAACAACGAUCUGGGGAUUCCGAAGAUCCAGACGGCGAAGUACACUAGCACGCCCCGGUUGCAGAGAGUGGAUUCUGAGGGAUUUACAGACCUUAGGUCGUUGGACUUUACCGUGACCAAGGCCGGGGAGGAUGACAAGUUGAGUCAGGAUGUCACGUUGAUCUUGGAUAACUUUGGUACGGCGGACUAA